AGCCAAUACCGCCUGUCACCGCGUUAUCAAGAGGUGGACCUUUAUCUUUCCAAUUAAUCCAAGAAUCAAAGUUUGAAUUGCAACUUUCGUUUUAAUCAAUUUGAAGUUCUUCCACCGAUCCGCAAGUCAAACCCUAAAGCUAUCUAUGCAUACAAGCAUCUCUCGAUCGAUUGAGAUGAUUACAAUUGCGUAGACUAAUCUGGGCUCCGAUUUGAUUUCAAUACGUUGAAGAAACAUGUAUCAAUGGAGGAAAUUCGAGUUCUUUGAGGAGAAAUACGCCGGAAAAUGUUUGGUCCCGGAUGAAGUCGCUGGAAAAAUCGAGUGUUGCUCCAGCGGAAGGGGGAAAAUCGCGGUGGGAUGUGAAGAUGGGACUGUUAGCUUACUAGAUCGAGGUUUUAAGUUCAGCUAUGGAUUCCAAGCUCACACUUCCUCUGUUUUAUUCAUUCAACAACUCAAGCAACGCAACUUCCUACUAACUGUUGGAGAAGAUGAACAAAUAUCUCCACAAUUAUCGUCUGUAUGCCUCAAAGUUUUUGACCUAGAUAAAACUCAACCAGAUUGUAUCCAAAUACUACGAAUAUUCACUAAUCAAUUCCCAGAAGCAAAGAUAACAUCAUUUCUAGUUCUAGAAGAAGCUCCACCAAUAUUACUGAUAGCUAUUGGACUAGACAAUGGUUGCAUUUAUUGUAUCCAAGGUGAUAUUGAAAGUGAACGUAUCAAACGAUUCAUGCUUCAAGUGGAGAAAAGUCAAGAUAAAACCCAAUGUGGUAUUACUGGAAUGGGCUUUCGUGUUGAUGGGAAAGCUUUUCAUUUGUUUGCGGUUACUCCAACUUCUGUAAGCUUGUUUAACUUGCAGACUCAGCCAGCUGGUCGACAAACCCUAGAUCACAUUGGGAGUAAUGUGAAUAGUGUCGCCAUGAAUGAUCGCCUGGAGCUUAUCAUUGGUCGACCCGAGGCAAUAUAUUUCUAUGAAGUUGAUGGUAGAGGUCCAUGUUGGGCUUUUGAAGGAGAAAAAAAGUUCCUCGGGUGGUUUCGUGGAUACCUCUUAUGUGUAAUUGCAGACCAAAGAAGUGGCUCCAACACCUUCAACAUCUAUGACCUCAAAAACCGAUUAAUCGCACACAGUAUAGUCACCAAAGAAGUCUCCCAUAUGCUUUGUGAAUGGGGAAGCAUCCUCCUUAUCAUGAACGAUAAAUCAGCUCUAUGUAUUGGAGAAAAAGACAUGGAAAGCAAACUCGACAUGCUUUUCAAAAAAAACCUUUACACAGUUGCCAUUAAUCUUGUUCAAAGUCAACAAGCUGAUGCUGCUGCAACUGCUGAAGUUUUAAGAAAAUAUGGUGAUCAUUUAUACAUGAAGCAAGAUUUUGAUGAAGCCAUGAGUCAAUACAUUCAUACAAUUGGUCAUCUUGAACCUUCCUAUGUCAUCCAAAAGUUUCUAGAUGCACAAAGAAUCUACAACCUUACAAAUUACCUCGAGAAGCUACACGAAAAGGGUCUCGCGUCAAAAGACCAUACUACCCUUCUCUUAAACUGUUGCACCAAAUUGAAAGAUGGUGAGAUUAAAUUUGAAGAGGAUCGUCGCAUGAUUGAUAAAUACCAGGGAAGAAACAUUGACAAUGAGAAAAGAAAUCCAGGAUUUAAGAACAAAUGCAAGAAUCUUUCAACUAAGCAAAUAUCUGUUGUUGAAAUGAAAAGAAACUUGGAACAAAAUUCCAAGAAUCAAGAUCAGUUUUUCAAGCAAGUUAAGAAUUCAAAAGAUGGAUUUUCAGUAAUUGCUGAGUAUUUUGGAAAAGGGAUUAUUAGCAAAAAUAGUAAAAAGGAAUUAGGAGGAUCUUUAAAUUCAAACGGUAAUUCCGCUGGUGGUUUCUGA